UGAUUGAUGAUUGAUUGGUGAUUGAUUAUAUAUGUUUCCUAGAUUGAUUGAUUGUAUAUAUUAUUUCCUAAAAGAAAAAUUGUAUCCUCUAGAUUAGAUUAUGUUUCCUAUCUUGGUUGUAUCCUAAAUUGUAUAGAUUCUAGGAUUCUUUCCUAAAGUUAGUUGUUUCCUAUUUUUGUAAAGAAGCUUGUAUAAAUCAAGCUUUUCUAGUGAAUGAAAGGUUGAGACAGUAAGGUUAUUUUUUUCCAAAACUUAACAUGGUAUCAGAGCCCUAGGGAUUGUUUUUGUUCUACAAUUCUUUGGGAUCUACAAAGCCUAUCCUUACCAGUCUUCCCAUCUUUCGUUUUUCAUCUGAAUCUUGGCCAAGAGAUGUCUUCCGUCCAAGAACCUACAUCAGAUACAGCCAAUUCCUGCCAUACCUCAGAAGUUCCAAUUGCUGGAACUCAAAAUGGGACCUUGGGAGGAGAAUUGCAGUCUCUCCAGGCAACCUAUCGUUUGAACGGGAAAAACUACCUAAAGUGGUCAUAGCUGAUCCGGACCUUUCUUAAAGGGAAGGGGAAGCUUAGCCACUUGUUAGGAACGGGCCCAAAAGAAAGUGAUCCAGCAUUCGCAGCAUGGGACGAGGAAGAUUCCUUGGUAAUGUCCUGGCUUUGGAAUUCCAUGGUUCCAGAGAUUAAUGACACUAUCAUGUUUUUUACCACAACCAAGGAUAUUUGGGAGGUCAUAAACUUGACCUAUUCCAAGGUGAAAGAUGCAGCCCAAAUCUAUGAAAUACGGGCAAGGGUGGCAGCAACCAAACAAGGCUCGAAAACCAUCACGGAGUAUGCAAAUAUGUUACAAACUCUAUGGCAAGAGCUAGAUCACUACCAAUGUUUGAAGAUGAAAUGUAGUGAGGAUGCUGCACUCCAUAAGAGAUUUGUUGAAAAGGAGCGGAUAUAUGACUUCUUGGCCGGCCUCAACAUUGAAUUUGAUACGGUUAGAGUGCAGAUUCUUGGCAAAGAGGAUUUACCUUCCUUGAAUGAGGUAAUCUCCUUAAUAAGGGCAGAAGAAGGGAGAAGGGGUAUAAUGCUAGAAGCUAUCUCCGGUGAGAGUUCUGCCCUAGUGUCUUUAAAAACUUAUAAUCAAAACAAAGGCCCUAGGGAUGAAAAGAAACCAGUGGAUAGGGAUUCUUUAUGGUGUACCUUUUGUAAGAAACCUAGGCACACCAUAGAAAAGUGCUGGAAGCUCCAUGGAAAGCCAUCUAGAGGGGGACCAGCAAGGAGUCAAGUGCAUAUAGCAGCAGCCAACAGUCAGCAACUGGAACCGAGAGGAUUGGAGCAUGGGGGACAGUCUCUUGAACUCAACAAGGCAGAAAUUGAAAGACUAAAAAAUUUUCUGGGAUCUCUAGACAAAAAGGCAGAAAAAGGUAGCUCUCUUGCUCUCACAGGAACAGGGCAAGAAGAGGAUGAUUGGGCUUGCUAGGGCUAAAGAGGGGCUUUAUUACCUCGAGGAAUCAGUAGGGCCAGACAAGGAGGAGUCUCUUCCUCUUAUGUCAUGCCUAGCUCAAUCCAAUGAGGAUGAGAUGUGGUUACAGCAUUAUAGAAUGGGUCAUCCCUCCUUUCUUACUCUCAAAUUAAUGUUUCCUAAUUUAGCUAAAGGUCUGGAUUUUAGUCACUUUCAUUGUGUUGAUUGUGAACUUGCCAAACAUAAAAGAGUUUCUUUCCCUCUUUCUAAUAAAAGGACUGAUUUCCCAUUCUCUUUAAUCCAUAGUGACAUUUGGGGUCCAUCAAGUGUUCUCAAUAUUUCUGGGACAAGAUGGUUUGUCUUAUUUGUUGAUGAUUGUACUAGAGUGGUGUGGUUAUAUUUGUUGAAAGCCAAGUCAGAAGUAAGCCAUGUUUUCCCCAAUUUUUACAAUAUGGUUAAGACUCAGUUUGGGGUAAAUGUAAAGCGGUUUAGAUCUGAUAAUGCUAGAGAUUUCUUCAAUCACACUCUAUCCGCUUUCUUUCAACAAAAAGGUAUUAUUCAUGAGUCUUCUUGUCCUUACACCCCUCAACAAAAUGGGGUGGCCGAGAGGAAAAAUGGUCAUCUUCUAGCUGUUAUUCGAGCACUUCUUUUUCACCAUAAUGUCCCUCAACAUUAUUGGGGAGAAGCAGCCCUAACUGCCACCACUCUUAUCAACAUCU